UAGUCAAUCGUGUGACAUGUUGCACGCACCAUUAUCAUUGCUAUGAAGGGCAUGCAUACAUACGAAGACACCGGCCCUAUUAGACAUUGACGACAAGAGGGUGCUUGGCCCGAAGCAGGGAACUCUCACAGCUCUGUGUAUACCUGUGACACGUUCCCAUCGACAUUACGGGAGGUGAUGACUUGGAGCUUUUGGUGACCCACGUUGGAAUCUCUUCAGAAUGUCAUUUGUUGCCGCAAAGAAGACAAACUCAGCGCUUAGCAUACGAAACCUGGACGCGGCACAGAAACUAUGGGACUACAUGAAACUCAACCAGUCUCUCAAACAGAGUGACGUCAUCAUUGCAUUGGGCAGCAACGAUCUGAGAGUAGCGGAAGUGGCCUCUGACCUUUUUCAAAGGGGCAUGGCGGACUGGAUAGUCAUGUCAGGAAAAAGUGGGCAACUCACGAAAGGAAAAUGGCCGAAAUCAGAGGCGGAGAUGUUUUUCGACGUCGCCACCGCCAUUGGAGUACCAGAGGACCAUAUCAUUGUGGAAAAUAAGUCAACAAACAGCGGGGAAAAUGCCAGAUUUACUCACGAUCUCUUGACGAGGAGAAACAUUCCGGCAGAGUCCAUAAUACUGGUACAGAAACCCUUCAUGGAACGUCGUGCUUACGCCACCUUCGUGAAGCAAUGGCCUCGACCUGUAGACAUCACUGUGACGUCACAGAACAUUUCCAUGAUGGAUUAUCCGAACAGUGACGUCGGGACUCUUACUGACGUCAUAUCUGUGUUAGUUGGGGAUAUGCAGAGGUUAUCGCUGUACGCAGAACGGGGGUUCCAGAUUGCUCAGGACAUACCGCCUGAUGUCUGGGAGGCGUAUUGUUUACUUCACGAAAGUGGGUGGUUUGGGUCACAUCUGAUUACAUGACAUAAAGUGGUGUUGUUGUUCC